CUCGUGCGGCAUUGAAUUUAUAUGUCCUGUUUGAUUGUACAGUAGAUCAGAAGAAGUAGUGCUCAAAUACGAUCCUUAACUUUGUUGACCAGAUCUACCCGGCCUGUGGACGAAAACAAUGGCACUAAUCUCCCUCGAGGAUCUCGACGGAUUGGAGGACGAGGAACUGGACAAUGACAUCACUGACAACCCUGAUCCAAUGGAGGACGACGAGCAGCAGAGGCUGUACACCCAUUGGCAGGCGAUCGCCAGCACACACCAGGUGUCCGUCCCCCGAGAAAUGACAGGACCAAUUCAAGAGAUGACGCGACGGAACCAAACCCAAGAAAGAGAGCAGGUCCCCUUUGCCUCCAUCUCUCAGCAUGAAAAGCUGGGCGAGGUGCUGUUUGAGGAGAGGGUGUACCCUGCAGGGAAGUGGGCGUGCAUCACUAAAGGGGAGAAGCUGUACGAGCAGAGCAUCUCCUUGGGCUUCAUGAAACUCAUGAAAUUCAUCUGCAAGGAGAACUCUGUCGGACGCUAUUUGGGAAUGACUGUACCCAUUGUGAACAGUAUCCAAAUGCUGGAGGACGGCAAUGGCUUUCAGAAGGACAUCUUGACCGCAUACUACCUGCCUGCUGAGUUCCAGGCGAACCCGCCCCAGCCAACUGACCUAGAAAUCACCAUACUCCAAAGGGAGGAUUUACGAGUCAUCACCCGGACGUUCUUCGGCACCACCACGGAGGAGACAAUCAUGCCUCAGAUUAACCUGUUGUGGCAGAUGCUGGGCCCCAGCGAGGAGAUGCAUCGCAACUCCUACAUGGUGGCUGUCUACGACAACCCUGGGGUGUCCUGUCGCAGGAACGAGAUCUGGUUAAUUCGACGAGACCCCUAAAUCUCUUAUAACAUCCACCUGUCCCCUCCUGUAUCAUCCCGACACCCCCCUAUCCCACAAAUAUGGUGUUUAAAAUACAAGUAUAUUGUAUCUCUGUGAAAAACUGUCUGGGCAUUACAUUAGUCUUAUAUUUCCAUCACGUUUUAUCUUUAUUUUAUUUUUCUUGUUUUUUAUGUAAAAGAAAAUUGGGAAUAUCAUCUAAUCAUUGCAAACUGGUGUCACGUAGUGUCAAAGUCCGUUUUACAUUUGAGUCAUUUAGCAGACGCUCUUAUCCAGAGCGACUUACAGCAGUGAGUGCAUACAUUUGAAUACUUUUUUUCUUAAUGAUGUUGAUACCAUAAUGUUUUUUCUAAACUAUAAGGAUUAUGUCUUAUAGGUCUGUAACUUACUACAAAAAUGUUGUAUUUGCAGUUGACUAGAGUAGGCAUCCAGGUUUCACCUAUUAUUAUCCAUAUACGUAGGUCAUUCUGACACAACUUUAUCAUUCAAAGUUACUUGCUAUGAUAUGUGGGUGUUCUCUUACUCUUAACUGCCAUUGAAUUUGAUCCUGCUAGUGAAUUUUGCCCACACUCUGCUACUUUACCUACAUUUUGAGGCUGGUGUAGGGAUUUUGGGUAUAGGUGUCCGAAUAAGUAAAUGACUUCCCCCAGCCACAAAAUGAUAGACAGAUUGGUCAUUCGUUACCUUCAGUUACUACUAGUUGACACUAGGUGUCAACCAAACAGUAACGUUUGUAUUAUGUUUUUUGGUCUAUUUAUUUGCUUAUUGGUGAAUAUCUCACAAAUGAAUAGAUUGGUUUUGGUGAGGUUAGUUGUAAAUGGAGCUGAGACUGGGACCAGGCUCUUUAGAUUUUGAGGAAGGUUCAAGCUUUUUGAAGAUUCAUAGCUAUAGUUAAUGAUGGUUGGGGAAUGGAAGUUUAAUUUAAGUGACUUAUGAACCUGUCUGUUCAGCACGGCCAAAUGAUGUGCUCUUACUGUGCUUGCCUAUUUUUUUAUAUAUAUUUCCCAGAAUAAGUGUGUAUUUGUUUGUAUUCUACAAUAAUUAGUACGGUAUACUUUUGAUAUGUUAAAAUUGCACCCGGCCUCUCUUUUGUGACCUUGUAUUUCUAUGCUGUUUUCAACUGUUUUCAAAGCAUACAUUUCAGAAUUGCAGUGUGAAUUGUAGUGGGUUGCUUCAAUUUGAAGCUGCAAUAUAUAACUUUUUGGGCAACCUGACCAAAUUCAAGUAGAAUUGUGAGGAGUUAUAGAUCAUUAAUUCUCAUUGAAAGCAAGUCUAAGAUGUAGUAGAUCUGUUCUAUGUGUGUUUUCUAUGCUUUCUGUUCUUAAGUUUAGUUUUGACCUCUUUUACUUUCUGUUUUGUACAAUAACUUCAAACAGAUGAAAAUACUAUAUUUUUGGUUAUGGAAAAUAUAUUUCACAGCAGUUUAGAUGGUACAAUGAUCCCUCUACACUAUUUUUGCUUGUUUUGUCACAUACCAAAAUUUGAAAUUUUAGCAAACAGAGAGAUUUCUGUAUAGUGUAUCUUUAAACUACUUAAAAGAUUGCCAGUGUAAGUUAAUGGAGAUUUGAUAUACAUUUACACUUAAAAACGUACCGUGCCUUCAGAAAGUAUUCACACCCCAUUUACUUUUCCCACAUUUUGUUGUGUUAAAUUUAGAUUUUGUCACAGAUUUGACAAAUUAAUUAAAAA